AAAAUGGUUCUUACAUUUGGAUCAAUUUGAUCAGCUCCUUUGCUUCUUCAUGUGUUUAAAUACUUUGGCCACAUGGAUCAAGUAUAUCUGAUUCUGUCUCAGUUAAAUAAAUCCACAAAUAGGAUUAUCAAAGCUUAUGAACCCUGCUUUCUGCUGGAAUGAUCAAAGAAGCCUCUUAUUUGCUACCUAUACCGUCGAAGAAACUUAAAGAAGUAUUUAUCUCAACCUCAUAUGAGAUUUUUUGAAAUUAAGAUUAAAAUUCAUCAUCGCAAACAAGCUAUCAAUCUAAAGACUCUUUGUGUGAGUCUGAGGAAAAGAGAAAUGAAAGAUAUCAAGAUAAACAGAACUUCUGUUGACCCUCUGAAUCCUUACAAAAUGUGCAAUCCUCUCUUGCAGCUUACUGUUGUAAAAGGAAGAAUUCGAAAAUUGUCAGAGAAAAAGAAGUCUGGGAAGCUUUGUGAUAAAGAUCAAUUUGAACUCAACAAAUUGAUGGGUGCAGAAGCUGAGUUACAAGGGAAGAACUAUAUUAGAUACCUAAAUAUAAAUUCUAUUGUGUUUGGGAUUUCAAAUGAUAUUAAUAUUGUCUCUUUCCUUAAAAAGACUAAACCUGAGCUUUUUGAAUACCCUUAUCUAAAAGUGACUACAUCUUCAGAAGUUGAGGCUCGAAGCGAUUUCUUGGCAGACUUCAAAGUUACUUUUUGCAAUUCCAUGGAUACAGAUUUGAUUAGCCCAUUACUAAUGAAAAAGAGAGCUCAUAGAUCAAUUCAAUACAUUAUCAAAAGAGCAGGUGUAUUCUCACUCAACCUAAACUUGAUCAAUGCAAGUUCUCUUAUCUCAUAUUUCAUCAUCAAAGAUGAAAUGGAUUUCUCAGACUUCACUACAACGAUCAGGAACUUCCCAAAUAUUCUAGAAGACACUGAAGUAUUAGACAUGUUCUUCUCUAAAUAACUCAGAUCCAAUCUACAAAUGGGAGGCUUUCUUCUAUGAAAUCCUGAGGAAUUCUGAUCUAGUCUUUGCGAAGAAACUUAAGAUCAUCAACAUGGAAUUUAUUUGUAGCACAGGGCUGUUAGCCCUCUUGGAGACCCUUUGUGGUACAGGCUUUGAGAAGGUGAAGCAGGUCUAUCCUGACUUCCAUGGGCUAGAGCUUUACCCUCCAAUUGAUGAAGAUUUAGAGAGGGAAGCCAUAACUCUUCCAGUAAGAAAAAUUUGUAGAAGUGAGGAUAACAGUAUGAAGAUUUUUAACAAAAUUUCGGUGUUUUUGAAGCAAGAUGAGAUAUAUCAGUUUGAUAUAUGUUUCCAAUCACCUGGCAUUUUGAAAUGUGAUAGGAUCUUAGCAAAAGAUGAGGAAAAUUACUAUUUUGGAGAGGUAUUUAAGUUUUCUCUUGAGCAAAUCACUUCGAUUGAUAAAAUAUCAAUUGACACCUUUAAUGGAAAAAUUGCUUAUGACGCUUUGCUAUCUGAAGACAUGACUGUCAUCUCAGUGAAUAAAAUGGACUUGCUAGGUUUGAAAAGGCAGAUAAAGUCAUUCCAACCAUCAUUUUAAUUUCAGCCAAAAUCCUUUCAACGUUGA